AUGAUACGUCUGAUCACACUGGUGGAGUGGCUCGACUGCAACCCAAGUCAAGUUGCCAUCCAAGCUUUGACAGAUUCGGAGCCCCCAAGGCCCGAAGUCAAAGCGUACUCGGACGUCGUCUAUCACAACUAUCGUUCCUUGGGGCUGAGUCUACAAUACGAGCCCAGCUCGAGUGGCAAGGCUGCCUCCAAGUGCGACGUGCACGAUUUGCGUCUGGCUGCCAUCGACGUCUACUCUGCCAGGGACGACAAGAGCUGGACCUGCUUCCCACGCCUGCCAAUCCAGGUCGACCUCCUCCCACAGGAUGAGGUGGAGAAACCCACUUCCAUUACGCUCGACUCGACGGGCAAGGACCUCGUCUCUUCGUUGGGCGAACCACAUCGCAAAGGCGGCGGCGCCAACGAUCGCGCUGGGCCUGCAGCCUGGCUCGAGUGGUCCCUCGACAUUCAGUCAAAUGGCAAAGCAACGCCCGUCAAGAUUCAGGUCGAGCUUGCCGGCACAGGCGCACGCGGAGCGGAUCGCUGGAAUGCCGAGCGCGCCGGCUCGUGCCCGUGGUCCGUCAUCAACAUCAGCAGACAAUGA